AUGAGAUUACCAUGUCUUCUUUUCAUUUUUCUAGUAGCUGUUGAUGCUGGAAAAGUUCUCGUGUACAGUCCGUCGAUCAGCAGGAGUCACCUGAUUUCGAAUGGACGCAUAGCUGAUGCACUAGUGGACGCAGGUCACGAUGUUGUCAUGUUCAUUCCGGAAUAUGAACUGUUAACUGAUUCCGUGGGGACCAAAAAAGCCACAGUCAUCACACUAAAAGGAUUUAGCAGAAAGUAUGAGGAGGAAAUGAAAGGUUUCGGAGUUGCCAUGUUUUCCACUACCAGAUUAGGAUUUUGGGAGAGAACGAUGUACGAGAAAUCAAUGACUGCUAUGUGUGAUGACCUCAUGGCUAACAACGGAGCAUUAAAACCACUUCGAGAUAUGAAAUUCGACGUGGCGUUCAGUGAGCAGAUAGAUUUAUGUGGUGUUGGAGUGAUUCGUUACCUUGGAAUUCAAAACCAUCUUUGGGUUUCCACAACACCGAUCAUGGAUGCCGUCAGCUACAAUUUGGGAAUCCCAUAUCCUAGCUCAUACGUUCCUUCAAUCGAAGAAAAUGACAAUGGAGACAAAAUGAAUUUCUGGCAAAGGGCUUUUAAUCUCUACAUGCAUAUUGGCUCGAUUAUAAUUCACAGAUACGGUACUGAUGGAACAACUGAGGUAUUCCGAAAAUACGACCCAGAUUUUCCAAAUGUUCGAGACAUUGCUGCCAACUCUUCCUUGUGCUUUGUGAAUUCGGAUGAAGUCUUAGAUCUUCCAAGACCUACAAUCACCAAAACUAUCUAUGUUGGAGGAUUAGGCGUUCCUAAAAUAGCGAAUCCUUUAGACGAGAAAUUCUCCAAUAUAAUGUCGAAAGGAGACAAGGGUGUUGUUGUAAUCUCUCUCGGUUCAAUUGUUCCAUUUGGUGAUCUUCCUCUCCCUACAAAACAAGGAAUGCUCAGAGCAAUUGGUGAUAUGGCUGAUUAUCAUUUCCUUAUCAAAAUUUCGAGAGGAGAUGAGAACACAAGAAAUUUAACAAGAGGAUUGGAAAAUCUCGAUUUGGUUGAAUGGCUUCCACAAGUUGAUCUUCUUGCUCAUCCACGUCUGAAACUGUUUGUGAUGCAUGGAGGAAUCAAUGGGUUAAUGGAAACUGCACUCCAAGCAGUCCCAACUGUUGUCGUUCCAAUUUUCGCCGAUCAGUUCAGGAACGGGAGAAUGGUGGAGAAGAGAGGAAUUGGAAAAGUUCUUAAGAAGUUGGAUAUUGGUUAUGAGAGUUUUAAAAGCGCGGCGGAAACUGUUUUGAACACUCCAAGCUACAAAAAGAACGCCAUUAGAAUUGCUGAGAUGAUGAGAAACAAACCAUUCACACCAGAAGAACGUCUUGUGAAAUGGACAAAGUUUGCAAUCAAUCAUGGAGUUCUGGAAGAACUUCACGUGGAAGGAUCUAGGCUGAAUACCAUUGUUUAUUAUAAUUUGGACAUUUUUGCAUUUUUGUUUUUUGUAAUUUUGGUUUUUUUCCGUGUUCUCUGUUAUGCAUUCAUUCGAGUGGUGAGGAAAAAUCUUUUGUGA